AUGAUGGCGUCUUCUCUGUCCCGCUUGGGCCUUGCCACUCUCUUCAUAGGCCUGGCAGCGGCCCAGCGUCAGAUUGGGCCCGAAGAGAACCACCCCCCACUCACGACAUGGCGCUGUACCAAGGCCGGCGGCUGCACUGAAGUCAACAACUUCAUCGUCCUCGACUCCCUCGCGCACAACGUCUACCAGGCCAACGGCGGUGGAAGCUGUGGCUCCUGGGGCAGUCCGCCCAACGAGACGGCGUGCCCGACCAAGGAGGCCUGCGCCGAGAACUGUGUCCAGGAAGGUCUCGACGACUACAGCCGCGUCGGCGUCACGACGAACGGUGGCGCCAUGACCAUGUACCAGCUCAAGGACGGCGUGCAGGUGUCUCCGCGCGUGUAUCUUCUUGACCCUUCCAAGGAGCAAUAUGAGAUGAUGCACCUGACGGGCAAGGAGUUUACGUUUGACGUCGAUGUAUCGAAGUUGCCGUGUGGCAUGAAUAGUGCCCUGUAUACCUCUGAGAUGGAGGCCGACGGUGGCAAGAGCGCGCUCAACACUGGUGGCGCUCGUCACGGCACGGGGUACUGCGACGCCCAGUGCUAUACUACGCCGUUCAUCAACGGUGAAGCCAACAUUGAAGGAUACGGUGCAUGCUGCAAUGAGAUGGACAUCUGGGAGGCCAACUCGCGUUCUGCUCAUCUGGCGCCGCACCCGUGCAACCAGACUGGUGUCUAUCUCUGCGAGGGCGAAGACUGUGCCUUUGAAGGCGUCUGCGACAAGAACGGCUGUGCCUGGAACCCGUACCGAGUCAACCAAGGUGACUUCUACGGCCGCGGCUCAGGGUUCGAUGUCGACACCACGCGUCCCUUCACAGUCAUCACACAGUUCCCCGCCAACGAAGCCGGCGUCCUCACCGAGAUCCACCGCCUCUACAUCCAAGACGGCCACCUGAUCCGCAGCGAGGUCGUCAACAACACUGAUCUUCCGCAGGUCAACUACCUUAACGAUGAGUUCUGCGCGGCGACGGGCUCGCGGCGGUUCAUGGAUCUCGGGGCGCACCGGGAGAUGGGCGAGUCGUUUGAUCGGGGCGUGGUGCUUGCGUUUAGCAUCUGGUGGGAUGCCGGCGGUGGGAUGAGGUGGCUGGACGGUGCGCCGGAAGCCGGGCCAUGCAAUGAGACGGAAGGAUUCCCGGAGAACGUUGUCAAGGUUGAGCCGAACCCGGUUGUGACGUUUAGCAAUAUCAAAUGGGGCGAGCUUGGGUCUACGUUCAAGCCUCAGUCUUUUGCUGACUGGAAUAUACUGCAGGCCAUUGAGAGAGAAAAGCUGGACUGCCAAUGGUGCCAGAUUCGAGCAUUUCCGAACCAUAAACAAUACCCAAUCACUAUCGUAAACGAGGUCGACGACGAAAUAAUACCGCCCAACUUUCGAUUUCUGCAGCACUCAAAGCUCGGUCACGGGGUGCAAGCCGCAGAGGAUAGUUUCCGAAGCGGAUGCGAAUGUGAAGACGAGGAAGAAUGCCAGUAUGCGGGCUGUCUCUGCCUGCAGGAGCAAGAAGACGACUCAGAUGACGAGGGCGAAGCGAGAAAAAAGGCCUACAUGUACCAUAUGCACGGCGUCAAAGCUGGGUUGCUGCGGUCAAAAUUCCUGGGCUCAACGCGGCCCAUUUACGAGUGCCACGAAGGCUGCGCAUGCGACGUGACCUGUCCUAACAGGGUGGUCGAAAGAGGUCGUCAGGUUCCUCUUCAGAUUUUCCGGACUGAGAAGACGGGCUGGGGUGUUCGAUCGUUGCUCGACAUUCGACGAGGACAGUUCGUCGAUAACUACAUUGGCGAGAUCAUUACACCACAGGAAGCCCAACGCCGACGGGAUACCUCGAAUAUUGCGCAACAGAAGGACGUGUACCUUUUCGCGCUCGACAAGUUCACGGAUGAAGACUCCCCUGACAUGCGCCUGCAAGGCCCCCCGCUCGAGAUAGAUGGCGAAUUCAUGUCCGGCCCGACUCGCUUCAUCAAUCACUCCUGCGAACCGAAUUUGCGUAUCUUUGCGCGCGUGGGAGACCACGCCGACAAACACAUUCACGACCUUGCCUUCUUUGCGCUUCGCGACAUUCCCCGAGGAGAGCAGCUCACGUUCGACUACGUCGACGGUGUCAGCGACGACGCUGUUGAUGCGAAGGACAAGAGCAAGCAAGGCGACAUGGUUCCGUGUCUUUGCGGCAGCAAGAAUUGUCGCCAGUUCCUGUGGUAG